UCUGCCAGUGGAGUCACCCGAAGGUCUUUGCAGGAUUUGAAUUUACGCAUAAUUUAUUUUUUCGUCGUUUCGAGAGUACUCGUAACCGCAGCUCUUUGUCAAAUAGCUCUUUCUUCAGGAUGACUACCAAUACAUGGCCCCUGAGGAAGUCAAAAAGUUGUCCUUCAGUCCAUGGGACUCUGCGACAUGAACCCCAACCUUAUGUCUCUUACAAUCCUAUCUGUUCAAAUGACUUUGACAAAUUACUCAACCUGGAAAGUGAACUUCCUGAUAACUGGACACGGAAGAUGAAGAAUAAGGAAGCAGAGGUUUCAAAAAAGAAGAAGACAGACAGAAAUGAGCCUUCGAUAUAUAAGGCUAACUUACGUGUUGAAGUCCCUUACCACAAAGCUGUGAAGUAUAUGACGGACUGGCGCAAGAGAAAGGAAUGGGAUAAAACGUUUGAUGUUAUGGAUAUUAUUGAAGAAUUAAAAAUUGGCAAUUUCAAGGUCAUCUAUCUACGUGUCAAGACUAAGGAACUGGUGAUGGCGAAUGUUGAGAGGAAGUAUAUCAGUCCGCGGUGUCACAUACAGGCGAUGAGCAGUAUACGCCACCCCAUGGUACCACAAGUCGCCAAGAAAGGCUAUGUCAGAGCGGAAGCUUUCAUGUUCGGUACCAUCAUCCGGCCCGACACGGACAGUCCCGACACGGCAUCUCGCAUCACUAUCAUCCACCAGAUCGAUGCCAAGGGGAAACGGCCGCUGAACUCCCGGAUCCGCGACAUCCCCCACACCCUUCGCAAAUAUCACUGCGAGCACAAAGACGACGAGAUCGAGGAGGAGGACAGCUCACUGUCACUGGAAAAGCGGAGGAUGCCGUCCUCCUCGAGCGAGAUGUCCAGUCCGGACCGCAAACCUUACAUGUACAAACAGAGUCAAAGCGUUAACGACAUUGUCGUCUAGACGCGGCCGCUACUUAGGUUUAGUUAGUCGUGCAAGGAGAAUAGAACAGUAUUUAACCUAUGAAUGGCAGGAUUCAUGGCUGGGCUGGCCCGAGCUGGCGAGGCGUGUGCCAGGUCACGUGAUAACAGGUCACUUUACCAGCCUUGGGGCUUAUGCUUAAGAGGCAAAGGAUGAUCGUUUUUAACUUAUGAUUCGUUUGGAUUCUUUGUGUGUCUAGUGGUCUAGCUGCGGUUUUGAGACUCGCUCCUAAAAGUGGUUUCUCAGGUUGAUGAUGACGUCUGCAUUAAAGACGGAACUCUCGUAGACACCCGUCUUUAAUGAGGAUGGUUAGGGGCGGUUUGUUUAGGCUAUUUUCCCAAAAAUAAAGGUCUUCAUACCGGCAGUUCUAAGAGAUGUGAAGUUUUUAUUAAAACGUUAUUUUAGUUCAUUUUAAUGUUAAUCACUAAUUUUAAGCUGCCCAAGGCACAGUAUUGAUGAAUUUUUAAGGAUUUUAGUUUUUACUCAAUUUUUUAUGAUUUUGUUUCCCGUAUGACUGUUGCCCAGGAUAAAGGGUGCUGCAAGUACCAUUGUUCACCCUAUACUCGGUGGGAACGAGAAACAGGACUUAACUUGUGAGUAGUGUAGCUACGUUGUACUAUAUAGCCUUGUAUCAGGAAGGGAAAGUAUCUCCCGCUAUAGUAAGAAGAGAGUCUAUGGAAUUGGUCGUCUAAUGUCAAAACUGUCUUGUACAAACUAGUGUUUCUCUAUAAUCUUAAUAAUAAAGUUCUGAUCGCAAUACGAA